UUUAACUUUUUUUAGGUGUUUUAAUUGUAAGGGUAUUGUCAGAUUUUAAAAGGGAGGGAUUGAAAAUGAGAACGUUUAUUGCGGUAAUUUUCAUCACCACGUUUUUGGUCAUGAUAGUUCUUUCUGCUUCGGCGGCUAUAGAUCCGAACAUGAUUUUGUGGUUUUCGUUUGACGAGCAGAUCGACGGAAGACAGGUCGAAGACUUGACCGGCGGUGGUAACAAUGGGAAACUCAAGUUGGGUGCCAAGCUUACCGACGUGCCCGAGGAGAUUUACAAGGGAGCAGGCGCGGUUAAAUUCACUAACAUUAGUGCUCAGGUCCGCGUCGAGCCCUUUAAGCGAAUGAAUGAGUAUAACGAGCACACCUAUGCCUUUUGGAUCUAUAUCUUUAGCAACACCGCUAAACCUUGGAAUUGGGAACAUUGUGGUGCUGUUCCCUGCGGAGAAGGAAGGGCAAGCAUUAUGGAAAAGGGCAAUAUUUUAGAGGGUGCUGUGAAAGGUUGGGCACCGGGCAUCUUGAUUCAAGAGGAGCCACUAGCCCUUAUAUAUCAAUUUCAAGAUAAAGGCGGUGGCGGGCUCCAAGGGGCUUUAGGUGCAAAGGGAAUAGUCGGUCCCGGUGGCAACGGCACCGAGUUUGAGUUUAAGAAGUGGUAUCACAUCGCGGGUGUCAAACAGGCAGCCGAAUUAAUAAUCUAUGUCGACGGUAAAGAGCAGGGCAGAUUUCCUGCUCCAAGAGAGUUCGUUCAGGGUGAAGCACUACUUCGUCUCGGUGGAACGCGGGAACGCUCCGCCCAUUUCGCCAUGGAUGAAUUUUCCCUUUAUGAUCGGGCCCUAACCGACAAAGAGGUGGAGUUGGACGCCAGAGGCGUACUUCUGUGGGUUGAACCCGAAGGAAAACUGACAACCACUUGGGGCGAUAUCAAAGUCAAUCGUUAACCGAUGAGACUUCUGAUAAUAUUAAACAGCGGGAUCCACCCUAUUUUAGCCCCGAUGGAUUUUUAUCCGUUGGGGCUAUACUAUUUCAGAAUAGACA